GUUUCUAUGACAACAUACUGGAAAAAGUUAAACAAACCUAGAUACUUCUCAUCAUGGCGUUGUCAAGUUUCUAAUGUUUGGACCUGAACUUCUUAUGAUAACAAAUUGAUUCACUCUUUGCCAGAGAAUGGAUUUGAGCAAGGGAUUAAUGGUGUCUGGUCCACUGAAGGCUCAAAUCUUAAUGUGGGCGGACGCAACUUACAAGGAUAUGGAAGAAAUCAACAAGGCCACUUCCACAGAGGACCUAGAAAAGGUUCUGAGUUCAGUGCUGGGAAUCACCACUCCAGAUGACCCCAAACAACGUGUACUGCUGGAGAUGUAUGUGAAUGCAGUGCUGUUCUCCAGAUCGAAGAAGUUCAACAGAGAACAGACGUCUACUAUGCUGUCUAUAUUUAAACGAGUGCAUAAAGCCAAUACAGACACUCCCCUCAAUAAUGCAGACGAGUGUUUCAACUAUUGCAGUGAACUUCUACUCUGCCAUUCUGUGCGGAGACCACCUUUCAGCAUUGGCCUUUACAGUCUGAGUCAGAUGACGGAUAUACUGACGUACUUUACAAACACUUACAUGAGACACUAUGCACUGUACAAGUACAUCUUUACCCCACAGAUGUUUUUAGACCUUUCAUUCACCUACACUGGAACACAAGGGAACCUCGACCCUGAAGAAACAGAAACUCCAGAGAGUCUGGAAGAGUCCGAGCAUGUCACAGAUGGUGAUGACAAGGAAGAGGAGUUCAGUGACACAGCCAGCCAGCAGAAGGACCUCAGCACAGAAUCUCCAGAGGAGGCAGCAGUCUCGGCAAAGAAGGCGGGUCUCCAGAUCCUGGUGCAGCAGGAAGUGAGGCGGGAGGUGCAGCGUGUGAGCGGCCAAUUGGAGAAGCGCCUGCAGGAGAGCACCAAUCAGCUCAACUCCAUGCUCAGCACGCUGGAGACCAACCAAACCCCCAAGAAGAAGUGACCUGCCUGCACUUGUGAUCAGGAUAAUGCUUGUAAUUCAAACCCCAAAAUAGAGAUUUAUUUCCAUA